CUUAAAUGUCUUCAGUACAUGAUGAGUCAAGAAAGAGACAAGUCCUAUCAGUGCUCUGAGUGCCAGAAGAGUUUUACUAUGAAAUCAAGCCUCAAAACUCACAAGAUAAUUCACACAGGAGAGAAACCAUUUAAAUGUUCAGAAUGUGACAAAUGUUUCUCGAGAAUUCAUCAUCUUGCCCGACACAAAAUGAUUCACACAGGAGAGAAGCCGUUUUCUUGCUCUGAAUGUGGACAUGUUUUUGCACACAAGGAACAACUAAUCAGACACGAGAAGACUCACACAGGGGAGAAGCCUUUUAGAUGUUCAGAAUGUGACAAGAGCUUUACUCUCUUUGCUAAUCUUGCUGCACACCAGAGGAUUCAUACAGGAGAGAAGCCAUUUAAAUGUUCAGAGUGUGACAAAUCCUUCACAGAAAUCGGUCAUCUUACUCGGCAUCAGAAGGUCCACACAGGAGAGAAGCCGUUUAAAUGUCCAGAAUGUGACCAGGGAUUUGCACACAAAGCACAUCUUGUUGUACACCAGCGAAUUCACACAGGAGCAAAACCAUUCAAGUGUGUGGAAUGCACCAAGAGCUUCUCACACAAACAAUCUCUUGCUUUGCACCACAGAGCUCACACAGGAGAGAAGCCAUAUGCAUGUUCUGAAUGUAAUAAAUGUUUUACCUCCAGACCAUCUCUGAUCCAGCAUCAAAAGCUUCACAUCAGCAUUUGAAACUGAACAAGUGUUUAAUAAGUCCAUGUUACUACAUUCAAUCUCACCAGAAGAUUCAUAAGAGCCAUUUUGCAAGAUAUACACUAAUCCUAAUUCUGGGACUUUCUAGCUUCAAUUUGUUCCUUGGAACAUGUGUUGUGUUUUUUUUUUUUUUUUUUAUGAAACAAAUAAAUUGAUUUAAUUGU